CUUUGUUGCAUCGUACUGUAGGACAUCACCAAAACAAGCGCUGUCGAGUGACGAGUGUCGGGUACGAAUGGACCGGAAUUCGCAAUUCUAGGGCCUGCGCCUGGUACAUCAUUGUAUUCUGUCUAGUAUUGUGGUACAUUGAUUCAAAAUUGCUCAACGAAUUUUAGCUUGAAAACAUGGAUGACGUAUUUUGUAAAUACAAAUAAUGUUAUCACAUUUGAAGACGUAUUAUUUUAUCAUUUCUUUGUGAGUUAGUUGCACCGCCGAACAGUGCCCAGUGGCCCGAACAGGGUAAUUUAGAAUUUUCGAUGAGUUGACUGGCGCCUGCAGGAAAUUUUACACCAUGGAAAUGCAACGUAGUCUGUGGGCUGAGGAUAUUGGAGAUGCUGCUCUCUCAAGCAAGCGCAUACGAGCUGAAAGACUUCUUGUUGAAGGGGAUAUCAUCAAGUACACUGGCAAUGGUCGAGGAAUUGGAGUGUUUGUCAGUGAACAGACCAUAACCACUGAAAACAGUUAUUUUGAACUUACAAUCCUUAACACAGACAUGUUUGGUGCAGUCUCUAUUGGAGUUUGUCAUGAUACAUAUCCUUUAAACAAGAUGCCAGGCUGGGAUAAGGAUAGCCUUGGAUACCAUGGAGAUGAUGGCAUGCUGUAUCGAGGCAAUGCUCUGGGCUACAGGUUUGGGCCGCGGUGUGGCAAGAAUGACAGAAUGGGUUGUGGCAUUCGUCCUGUGCCUCCUGUAGACGUCGAUUCUCAGCUGUUGCCUCAAGCUCUCUCACAAAACACUCAUUAUGUCUACUUUACUCGUAAUGGCAAAGAGAUCGGGUGUGUGACAGUUGUGCAGCCAGAAGGAGGUCUGCACCCGUGUGUGGGUUUGGCUGGACCUCAAGACCGAGUCAGAUUUACAGGGCCCCUGCCACCCCCAUCAGCUGGGCCAGUAAUCCUCUCCCCUCACUCGCCCCCUCCCCCCCUGCCAGGGGAGGAGGUGCCUAUGUUGGUGGACCACAACGACGACGACUGGAGUCGCCUGCACAACGUCAAGCUAAGCGGCCAGUGCCUGUCGUACUGUGGUCGCGGUGAGCAAAUAGAAGACGUCGGGCUGGCGGUGGCCAAACACGCGCUCUGUCCCGCCUCGCACUACUUCCAGCUCCAUAUCCUGGACUCCGGGCAGCACGCGUACAUCACCAUUGGCAUCACCAAGAAGCAUUACCCACGUCGCUGUUACCCCGGCUGGAGAUCAGGCAGCGUGGCCUACCACGCAGACGAUGGUCGUGUGUUCACUGGCGGCCGUUGUGGCAAGGGGGAGCCCUUGGGACCGCCAUGUCGAGCUGGGGAUGUCAUGGGAUGCGGCAUUCUCUUCCCCCGAGACUACUGCCACACCGACGCCAACAGAGGGAGCUGCGACGAAAGCAGCGCGGACGAGUCUGGGGACGACGAUGAUGACGUUGAGUCGUCCUCGCUUGCCUGCAGCGACGAUGAAGAUGACGUGGACGAUGACGAAGAGCGUGACGACGAUGACGUCAUCGAAGCGGAAGACUACGAACAACUGGCGUCGUCUCCUGGAGACCUGCUUCUGCCCGAUGAUAUCUUGAACACUUCCAGCUGGAAGUGCUCAGCGGACUCGUCGCCGCGGUCGCUGCUGCACAAGCUCAUGUCCCUCGACCGCCUCAGUGGGGACCAACAGCCCGACGCCCCCCCACCGCCCCCUCCUGCCCAGGAAUUGUAUGCUCAGGUUCCUGCUGAGCGACGUAGGCGGCGGCGACAUCAGAGCGGCGGUGAUGCCGGCGGCGCUGGUGGCGGUGAUGGCGGUGGUGGUGGUGGCGGCGGCGGCGGUGAUGGUGGCGGGAGGAUGACCCGCAGCUCGGUGCUGAUCAGGGAGCACCGCCCCCUCCCCGCCGGUCGAGGGGGGCGGCAGCGCCUUGUGCAGGUUUUCUUCACGCGCAACGGGUGCGUGUUGGGGCGCGUGGAGGCCGUGGUGCCGCGUGGAGGUUUCUUCCCCACCAUCAGCCUCGGCGGCCCCAAGGAGGCCGUGCGCGUCGACCUCAGACCCCUCACCGGGUAACUCAGGCUGUGGGAGCACCUUAGGGGGAUGCCCUAUGAGUUUAGGGGUGCCCUAUGACUCCUGGGAUGCCCUAUGACUCCUGGGAUGCCCUAUGACUCCUGGGAUGCCUUAUGAAACGUCCUCAUCUGGGAGCGUCGGCUGGGUACAGUCUGGGAAUUUUUCUAAAGUGGCAGGAUCUCGUCGAGCGAAGGAUGCUGCCUAAUGCCUGAAGGCUACGUGUGACGUAUGGGAAUGCCAUACGGUUCUUGAACCUGUGAACCUAUACUUUAAAAAAAAGUUGAGAGAUCGUAAGUUCAUCCGCCAAUCAUUG